AUGCAUGUAGAGGGAGUAUAUAAAGCACGGAAGAAAUUGACGGAUUUCACAACUAACCGGUCAUCGAUCAGCAAUGAUGUCGAUGCUUCGCCUUAUGACAGCAAUACUUUUUAUGACAAUAGCCACAGCUUCAAGAGCCAUCAUGAGAAGGGAAGCAUCGGGAGACUGCAUUAUGAAUUGCAUGGAAGCAGAUCAUACGUACAGCAUAUGCAACGAAAUGUGCAACAGGCAUAUGUAAAACUCUCCCGUCUCCUUUCGGAAGCUGGACGAUUAUUUUCAAGAGUCAGCAAGAAGAGAGAAGCCCUGGAGGAGUGUCUCACGAGUUGCACGGAUGCAGACCCGUCGUUCGUCCUUUGCAAUCUGAGAUGCGGCAUUCGUCUGUAGGCCGCCUUCUCUCUAUCAACACAACUAAGGAUGAAAGUCGGUCAUACAUGAUGCUGGCUUCGAUUCAGGAUCAGAUAUCAUUUCUGAUCUGCCAUUCAGUCAUAUAAGCAAUUGUCAGUCUGUAAUCGAGUUUACAGUAUAAUAAGAUGUAGAUGU